AUGGCAAUACAAAGAAGGCUGGCCACAGUUGACAGACUAGCAAAAUGGGGAAUUCAUGUGACUCACUCUUGUGUACUGUGUGGAGGUGACAUAGAAGAGACACAUGAUCACUUGUAUUUCGAGUGUCCAUAUUCACAAAGCUUAUGGACAGGAAUGCUAGAAUGGUUAAGCUACCAGAGAAAGGUUGAAAACUGGGAAGAUGAGGUGCAGUGGUUAACUACCAAUGUAAACAACAGAAAUCCAAGGAAAACUUUGCUAGGAGUGGUAUUUGCAGCAGUAGUAUAUCACAUCUGGAUUGAGCGAAAUGAAAGAAGAUUUCAAAACCAGAGAAGAGAGGUCAAAGAUAGAGCAAAAGACAUUGUCAUGCAGGUGCACAUAAAAGGACAGAAGAAAUGUAAAUGGACACCAAUAUUGAGUACACUAAAUAGUUAUCCUAAUUGUAAUUCAUAG